GCGCGGGAGCCGCAGGCCGGCAGCGGCUCUUGUAGCCCUUCGCGGAGCUGAGCGCCUGGAAGCGGCCGUGGGGAGGACGUGCAGAGCAUGAAGUGAGGCGGUGACCUCCCUGAUGACGCGAGUCCUUGGAAGCGGCCGUGGGGAGGACUUACAGAGCGUGAAGUGUGGCGGUGACCUCCCUGAUGACCCGGGCCCCAGGAAGUGGCUGUGGGGAGGACUUGCAGGGCGUGAAGUGAGGCCGUGACCUCCCUGAUGACCCGGGCCCCUGGAAGCGGCCGUGGGGAGGACUUGCGGGGCGUGAAGUGAGGCCGUGACCUCCCUGAUGACCCGGGCCCCAGGAAGUGCCUGUUGGGAGGACUUGCGGGGCUUGAAGUGAGGCCGUGACCUCCCUGAUGACCCGAGCUCCUGGAGGUGGCUGUGGGGAGGACGUGCAGGGCUUGAAGUGAGGCCGUGACCUCCCUGAUGACCCGAGCCCCCAGUCGAUGCACAGUGAGAAGCUCUAGCCCCGAGGUCACUGCCACUCACUUCCCAGGUGUAUUGGAGGGUCUUGCCUCUACCUGUGCUCCCAGGCUCCUCCACGUCAAGGGCCAUGCUUUUGUUUUUGACUCUGUCUCUGAUCUUCCCUCCACAACACCCGUCUGUGGACCUCACUGUAAGGAGCCACCCUCUCUGCCGCCGCCGCAGCCUUCUUACAGUCCCUGUAUAUUGAUUUCCUCAUCCCAUUUCUGCCAUCUCCAAGCUUCACCAUUAGUGGGUUUUUCCUGACUUUGCCAUUCCUUCUGGUUGGAACUCUAACUGCUUUUCUACCAGUUGUGUUCUUGAGAGGCACUGACAACACUGUAGCUGUGUCAGGCCCCUCACCACACAUCUUUUUACAUACACCAUUUCUUGACCACCUUACUUCCCAGUUUUUUUGUUUAAUUUCUAACUACCUGAUCUGCCAAAUAUAUUGCAGUCAUUGAUCACGUCUGGCAUGCUGAGAAGACUGGCACGCUGUACAUGACAUCUGAAGUCACUUGCUGUUCUUAGCAUUCUGAGGUUCUACUUCAUCCGUGUACCUGACUCUGGGUCUCAUUUGUGGUGCAGAUUUACCGUAAAGCUAAGGAAGUUCAGGCUUCCAGAUAUGAAGCCCUGAUGAUACAAAGAAAACUAUAGUGAAAAAAAUAGACCUUUAGGAUAAAAGAUGUCAUCAUGGAAUUUUUUCUGACCUUUGAUGGACAUUAUUGCCUUACGUGAAGAACGUCUUGCAUUAUGUCUUAUACUAUGUUUGAGGACAUCUUAAUAUAGAUCCUUCCCCAGAGUUCAGUUAUGGGUGUGAGAGGUUUGCAGGGAUUUGUGGGAAGUACCUGUCCACACAUCUGUACAGUAGUAAAUUUCAAAGACCUGGCUGAGCACCACCGCAGCAGGCAUCCAGGGUGCACUCCUUCAGUUGUGGUCGAUGCCAUGUGUUGUCUCAGGUACUGGUAUACUCCAGAAUCUUGGAUCUGCGGUGGCCAGUGGCGAGAGUACUUUUCGGCUUUGCAAGAUUUCGUUAGAGCUUUUACGGCUGUUGGCAUCAAGUUGAUCUUCUUCUUUGAUGGCAUGGUGGAACAGGGUAAGAGAGAUGAGUGGGUGAAACGAAGACUCAAGAACAACAGGGAGAUAUCCAGGAUUUUUCAGUAUAUCAAGUCACACAAGGAGCAGCCAGGCAGGAACAUGUUCUUCAUCCCCUCAGGGCUGGCUGUGUUUACGCGGUUUGCUCUCAAGACUCUGGGUCAGGAAACUGUGUGCUCCUUACAGGAGGCAGACUAUGAGGUGGCCUCCUAUGGUAUGCAGCAUAACUGUCUUGGGAUUCUUGGGGAAGACACUGAUUACUUAAUUUAUGAUACUUGUCCCUACUUUUCAAUUAGGGAGCUCUGCUUACAGACUUUAGACACUGUCAUGCUCUGUAGAGAGAAGCUCUGUGAGAGUCUGGGCCUCGGCUUGGCAGACCUUCCUCUUCUGGCCUGCCUUCUUGGCAACGACAUAAUCCCGGAGGGCAUGUUUGAAAGCUUUCGGUACAAAUGCUUGUGCUCCUACACCUCUGUAAAAGAGAACUUUGACAAAAAAGGCAACAUUGUCUUAGCUGUUUCAGACCACAUAGCUAAAGUUCUUCGCUUGCAUCAAGGUGAGAAAAAACUAGAGGAGAUAUUGCCUUUGGGACCAAACAAAGCUCUUUUUUAUAAAGGAGUGGCAUCAUAUCUUUUGCCAGGACAGAAAUCCCCGUGGUUUUUCCAAAAACCCAAAGAUACAAUAACUUUGGACAGGCAAGUAAUAUCCAUGAGUUCAGACCCUGAGUCCAAGCAAGAAGUUCCCAUGUGUACAGACUCUGAAUCCAAGCAAGAAGUUCCCAUGCAUAUGAACCCUGAAUCCAAGCAAGAAAUUCCUACGUGUACAGACCCUGAAUCCAAGCAAGAAGUUCCCAUGUGUACACACCCUGAAAUGAAGCAAAAAUUGCCUAUGGGAACAGACCCUGAAUUUAAGCUAGAAGCAUCCAUAUGUACAAACCCUGAAAUUCAACCAGAAGACCCCAUGAAUAUGGGGCCUGAAACAAAGCAACUAGUAACCAUGGUUUCAGACCCUGAAAUCUUAAAGGUUGCGAGGACACAUCACGUCCAGGCCGAGAGCUACCUCGUGUACAACGUCAUGAGCAGUGGCGAGGUCGACUGUAGCAACACCCUGGAGGAUGAGCUGGACCAGGCCCUCCCCAGCCAGGCCUUCAUCUACCGUCCCGUCCGGCAGCGUGUUUACUUUCUCUUGUUGGGAGACUGUAAAGAUGGCACCAGCACCUGCCCGGCUGUCAAGGAGUGGUUUGUGUACCCUGGGAACCCACUGAGGCACCCGGACCUCGUCAGGCCCCUGCAGAUGACUGUUCCAGGGGGGACACCCAGUUUGAAAAUACUGUGGCUGAGCCAAGAGCCAGGAAUACAAGCCCGGCGUUUGGACACACUCCUAGCCUGCUUCAACCUUUCCUCCUCCAAAGAAGAACUGCAAGCCGUGGAGAACCCAUUUAAAGCUUUGUGCUGCCUCUUGAUCUACCUCUUUGUCCAGGUGGACACUCUUUGCCUGGAGGAUUUGCAUGCAUUUAUUGCUCAAGCCUUGUGCCUCCAAGGAAAAUCAACUGCACAGCUCGUAAACUUACAGCUCGAUUACAUCAACUCCAGAGCUGUGCAGCUUGGAUCCCUGCUCGUCCGUGGCCUGACCACUCUGGUUCUGGCCAACAGUGCCUGUGGCUGCCCUUGGAGGAUAAGUGACUUCAUGCCCUGGAAUGUGUUUGAUGGGAAGCUUUUUCACCAGAAGUACCUGCAAUCUGAAAAAGGGUAUACCGUGGAGGAACUUUUAGAACAAAAUAGAUCUCGUCUCACCAAAUUCCAUAACCUGAAGGCCGUCGUCUGCAAGGCCUGCAUGAAGGAGAACAGGCGCAUUGUGGGCAGAACACACUGGAACUCACAGCACACAGGGCGAUGGGGAAGGCAGAGCCCUGGCUCCCACAGGACAAGCUCUGGGUACAGCCGUUCUGGCCAGGGACAGCCAUGGAGAGACCAGGGACCAGGAAACAGACAAUAUGAGCAUGACCAGUGGAGAAGAUACUAGUCAUCCUCCAGGUGGUCCUGCUGAUACCUGCAUGCUGGAAUGGGACAGAACCUUCCACAGUUGAAGAACACGUGGUUUUAAAAGUAGGACAGUAAGAAUGAAGUCAACACAUCUUGCUUAUUCUGCAGUCAAGAUACGUAAUAAAAUUCACCUGUAUUUUACAUAUUACAGACAUGCAGGACAUGUGUUGAAUGGCAUAAACUGGACAUGAUAUGUGUUUAGACUGUUCUGUGUGCCACCUGUGCCACAGCAGGGGAAGGGUUGGCACUCUUAAAGGAGCAGGAGUCAGAUGCAGAACUAACACACGACGGCUGGAGGUCGCCAUCAGAAAGCAACCUGCUGGCCACGCCAGAGUGUCACUGCACCUGCAUUCUUAGCUACUAGGAUCAUGCCUAACUUAAAUGUUUGUAAACUUACAGACAUCCGUGGUGAAUGUAUUUUCAGAAAAGAAUUAAAAAAUGGAGAACACAACUUGGACACAGUUCUGGGGCCACGCAGUAGGCACUGCAAACCUCUCUCCAGCUUGGGAAGGUGGAGUGCAGAGUAUCGCCAGAACCCCCCGCCCCCAUUCCUCAUUUGCUUGGCUGUGUCGAAGCACCAGACUGCACCCACCACACUUGAGAGCUGGAAUAGUGCUUCACAGCAAGUCAUUCUCCCAGUGCUUGGCCCCAUGCUUAAGAGUCUUGUAAAAGUUUGAGUUAUGCACAUCGUUAGUGUUUCCCGUGCUGCAGCUCUUAUGUUUUGAUUCCUUGUUUAAAUUUGUCUUGUGAGCAAUGCUGCUUUGUUAUUGGCUCAGGAGUUAUCCAUUGGUGAGUGGAAAAGACUGUCUGUGGUUACCAUUUUGCUCCUAGGAAUUUAGCCAGACCAUCAUCAUUUAAAUGCAGCCAACCUGGUGACACAUGCAGAGGUGACAGGCGUGAACGCAAGUUACUCUGUGCUGCCAGUGCCUUGGAGCUGAGACGCGAAGGCAGUGUGCACAGGGCUGCAUGGGUCUGCUGGCUCCUCUUGUGUCAUGGUGGUGAUGCACGUCUGCCACUUAUUGCCAAAUAUAAAUGACUACUCUGCUGUUAUGAAUAAGAAAACAUGACUUAA